AGCAGUCCCGGAGAGGUCUCAGACACUUUUGGCAGCUAGCUAGUGUGGAUAGUUCAGGACCAGGCAGCGUAGCAGACAUGACAACUGUGGGGGAACUGAUGCUGCUGGUGCUGGGGCUGCUGGUGACAGCUCAUUGUGAGGUCAGGGCCAGAGAUCCAGAGGUGGAGGAAGAGGACCCAGGCCUGCCUCUGGAGAAAGAAGGCUUGGAUACCCAGGGGAUGGGGGUAGGAGUCCAUCCUGAACCUGGGGGGAUUGACAUUCCCCACCUCAGGACAGGACCCCGUGGCCACGAACCUGAUGUGCCUGGAUCUGCCCACCACCCUCUGGGGCAUGGGCCACAUGGACAACCCCAUCAGGUUGGUCCUGGGAAAAAAAACCUGGGUCUGCUGCCCGGGGAGAGUGCUCCCCCACCAGGAGAGGGAGGGAGCUACCCAGCCCGCACUGGGAACUGGUGUGCAUUCGUGCACCGCCGCAUUGUCACCACUGCCGUCUCUUGUGGCACGGAGGAAUACACCAUCAAGUCUCAGAGCCCCUGUCCCAACGGCACACCUGACUGCCAGCUUGUCAUGUACAAGCUCUCUACCCGGCCAGUGUACAGAUUAAACCCAAAGAUCUUCACCGCCUUGUUGUGGAGGUGCUGCACGGGACAUGGAGGGGAGAACUGUGAGGAAACAGUAGCUGAUGGCCAUAUAUCUGACUCUGCAGACCCCACAAUGGCAGGACAACCACACCCAGGAGACACCGAGCCUCACCACACAGGCGCUCAGUCUAGACUCACCCACCAGCCUGAGUGGGAGCAGAAUGACUUCCAGGUGUCUGAGAAUCCAAUGUACGAAAGCCAUCCCUCAGAGGCUGACAACAACACACACACAGAUUCCCGAGAGCCCCCCUCAUACCCUCGACAGGCCCAGGAGCACAUCCCUCACCAUGGCGAUGACCACCCCCACCACCCGCACCCCAACCACCACCUGCAGGAUUUCGAUAAUGGAGAUCCAAUCAUGGGUGAGGUGGAGGCUGUCGCUCUACUGCCCUACGCAGACUCCUUGUCCCCCCUCCCUCUGCCCCACAUGAUGGCCCUCCUGAUGUCCCAGCUCCAGCCAGUGUUGGAUGGCUUCAACCGCACCUUGGAGCGCCUGACCUCGGAGGUCGGGGGUCUGUCCCAGGAUGUGGCCCAGCUCCGGAGCGCUCAGUGGGAGGUAAAUGAGGAGACCCUGCGGGGUGCAGGUGCCGGAGAGGGUCCCGAGGCCUUUGACGCUAAGCUGGAGCAGAGUUUCCAGGACAUCAAGGAGGUGAGGAAGGAACUGGAGAGACAGAGAGCGGAGAUGGCGGAUCGGCUACACUCCCAGCAUGCCAUGCUGCAAUAUAACAUCACCAACUUCAAGACAGACAUCGACGCCAAGAUCAAACACAACGACAAGAUGUUACAGGUUCAUCUCGAGUCCCUGAAUGCCACCCUGUCAGACAUGAAGCUAGAGCAGGAGCAUCUGAGUGAAGAGUUCCAGAGGGACCUGACCAGCCCAGAGGACAGGAGAGAACCCAACCAGGCCCAGCACCCUCCAGAGGACUCGGCAGUGUGGGAGUCUAUCGCUCGGCUGGACAACAAAGUGGUCAACAACACAGGGAGGGUGAAUGCCCUGGUUGAAGACUUGGAGAUGUCCAGGACGUUGUCAUUGGCUCUGAAGAGGGGCUUCCGAGGCCUUGAGGAGAGCAUUGCCCAAACGUGGAGGAACAGCCAGAUCCAGUUCAUGGAGACGGGCCUGGAGGUGGAGGCGGCAAAAGUAGCCGUGCUGAACCGCGUCAAUGAGCUGGCCAGCAACCUAACCCUCCGCUGGGAGCAGCUGCAGGAGAUGGAGACUGACAUGGACUACCUGUUCAUACAGUUCUACAAGAAUGUCAGCUCUGCCAGAGACUGUGACUGCAAGGCAUUCACCGCCACCAUCUCCCGCUUGGAGCAGGGACUGACCAACGUCACAGAGCUGGCCAACGACAACCGGCUGGCCCUGGAUGGGAGUACCGAUGCUGGGUCGGAGCGCUGGAGUCCCUCUGUGGAGGACAUCUACCAGGGGUUGGAUCACGUCAAGGCCUCCCUGGCCUUUGAGCAAGAGAAGAGCAGGACUCUCCACCACAAUGUGACCCAGCUGCAGGCCUCCUUUCUGGGCAUCCAGAGGGACAUGCUCAGUCUGCGGGAGAGCGACGAGUGGUUGGCGGGUGAGAUGAGUCACCUCUCCAGCUCCUUCUUUUCUCUUUUGAAUGAUGCCAUCCGCCACACCGACGUGCUGGAGAUGCUCCUGGGAGAGGAGGUGAUGGGGUUUAUGGACUGGCCCCAAAGCAACCAGGAGGCCCACUCCAUCCCUGCACUGCAGGAGAGGCUUCGCCACAUGCAGGAACAGAUCAGGGGCCAGAACCUCAGUCUCACCUCCCUGCUGGAGGCCGCCCAGGCAGAAGAGUUCCCGGCCUCAGACGAGCCCUCUGUGCUGGUAGACUUGGCCUCCCGCGGCCUGAAGAGGAGGAGUGGAGACCAGAGGAGUGACCACCUCGUGGUCUCAGCAGCCUCUGAGGACCGGCAAGAUUACUCUGACAGUGACCUGUGGAACCUUGAGAAAGCAGUGAAGGAGCUGGGGGAGAAGGUCCACAGGCUGGAGUACAGGCCUUGUACUGCCAGCUGCAACAACACCAAAGAUGGCACCAAACUGCAGGCAGAGGUGGCCUGGCUGAGGAGGGGUUUAGAGAAUCAUUUGAGUCUCUUCAAGAGCAUCUUCAGUAACUCAGAGGGAUUGGCCGACUCAGAAAGCACCCUGGACUUGGACCAGCUGUGGGCCCUGAUGAAGAGGAAGGAGGGGAAGAGACAGAGGAAGCGCAAUAACAACAAAGAGGGAAUCAAAGACCACAUUGGAGAGAGAGAUAACCUUCGCAGCAGGAGGGAUACAUCAGUGCUAUCUAAGCUGGGGGACAGUCCCCUUAUGUUUCUGGCCAGAAGCAUACAACGCAGGAGACCAAGUGACAGCAGCCUCCUGGUGUUUGAGGACACAUCGCUAAACCUGGGCCAGAUGUACUCAACUCACACUGGGAUAUUCCAAGCACCUUUGGCAGGAAUCUACCUCUUCACGCUGACGCUGAACUUUGAACCUGGCCCCUCGCUGUCUGGGCUGAGGAGAGAGAACAGGGAGCUGGCUGCCACUCUGCAUCAGGACAAGAUGGCAUUGUUUGGCCCCGUCACCCGUGUGUGUCUCCUACAGCUGCAGCAGGGAGAGGAGCUCCGGCUUGAACUGUAUGAGGGGACUCUGGUGACCGAUGACCCCAAAGACAACGCCUUCGCUGGGCUUCUGCUCUAUCAGACCACCUGAGGAGUGGGGGGGGGGGGGG